CGCACUUCCGGUAUAACUGUAAACUAAAGCACGUGCAGAUAUCAGCAUCACGUAAAUACUAACUUGUUGAAUAACAAGAUGUGAGAGAUGUUGACUGUGACGUAACGAAUUAACAGUUUCUACAUAUGGGAAAUUAAUGUUUUGUCCAUAAGUUAAACAAAUUUGUUGGUUUUCUGUGCUCGUUUUCUCUUCACAAACUUUUCGUAACCGUGUUCACCAUUUGAGGGAUGUAUGUUAUUAAUUUCAUGGAACUCUUUUAUGUAAAAUGUUAAAUUAGUAAACAUUUCAAUUAUAAAGACUUUUAAGUUAGCUGCACAGUAACUGCAGCGCAAUAUGGAGUCAGAAUCCAUCACGGAAAUCAGCCCACCUCCAGCUAAAAAGGCGAAGGUAGAACAUGAAGCUGCUGAAACAACUGCGGACAAGACGGUGUCAGAGGACGUGAAGGGCACUUCAGGGGAGACAGCUGCCACAAGCAGUAACACGAAGGACAGUAGGCAGUGUCAUGUGUCGGAGUCUGAUGUGGGGAUCACGCAGUAUGUCAGCAGUCACCAAGGGUUCACUGCCAUCAUAAAGCAGAGGUAUUCCGAUUUCAUCGUUAAUGAAGUCAGCAAUGAAGGAACGGUAGUCCACCUCACUUCUACAGACCUACCACAAGAAGUGGAGGAACAGGUGGCGCUAUCCCCUGACCCCAACAUCCUGUCGGAGGAAAACCAGGCCAAGCUACAGGCGCUACUGGAUGACACGGACAAGAAUGCGGCCAUCUUGAUUGAGGCUGCCCUUGACAAGGAGGCUCGGACGAAGAUGCACAAGGCCAUCAAGUCUCUCUUCCCGUCCCUCAACAGCAACACGGUGGAGGAGGAUGGACAGAAAAUGCUCAGGAUCACCAAGAUGAAAGCUGACCAGCGUACACGUCCAGAGUGGAAGCCAAGUCGGGGAAACUACUGCCGCUUUGUGUUGUACAAGGAAAACAAGGACACCAUGGAUGCAAUCAACCUCAUCUCAAGGCUAGCCAGGUUGAAAACUCAACUGUUCAGCUACGCAGGUACGAAGGACAAACGAGCCAAAACAUCACAGGAGAUCACUGCAUUCAGAGUGACCGCCAACAAGCUUCAGGCCGUCAACGCGAGACUUCGAAAUAUGAUGAUGGGAAACUUCAGUUAUGUAAAGGACCCUCUGAAGCUUGGACAGCUGAGAGGGAAUCACUUCCAAAUAGUGCUUAGAAAUGUGACGGGCACCGACGACCAGAUCACUUCUGCCAUGACAUCACUGAAGACCCGUGGUUUCAUCAACUAUUACGGCAUGCAGAGGUUCGGCACCACAUCCAUCCCGACACAUCACGUGGGCAGGGCUCUACUACAUGCACAGUGGAUGGAAGCAGUGGACCUCAUCCUCAAGCCUCGGGAAAGCGGGGACGACAGUAUGAGGAAGUGCCGGGAAGCAUGGGGCAAAUCACGUGAUGCCAGCGCUGCUCUGAGGUACGUGCCAAGUCACCACAGCAUCGAGAGGACGUUGCUUGAGACACUGAUGAGGCAGGGCGAGACCAACUAUGCCAACGCUCUGCAGGCGCUUCCAAGGAACACGCGUCUCAUGUACGCCCACGCCUACCAGAGUUAUGUGUGGAACUCCAUGACUUCUCGCAGACUGGACGAGUUUGGCUACAAGGUGAAGGUUGGGGACCUGGUCAUCCCGCACAGCAUCAACUGGGAAAGGAAAGGAGAAGCUGGAGAGUCAAAAAUGCAGCCGACAGUUGUGACAGACGAAAACCAAUCAGAAUACAGCAUGCAGGACCUAGUGUUGCCACUACCAGGCCAUGAUGUCAUCUACCCUGAGGGCAAGGUGGGCUCCUGGUACCGAGAGCUGAUGGAGAAGGAUGACCUUGACAUUGACAACAUGAAGCAGAAGAACAAGGAUUAUUCCCUACCAGGAGACUAUCGCCACCUGCUGGUGACCCCGAGAGAUGUCACCUGGGACUUGAUGACCUACAACGACUUCACUGUCCCACUGUCACAGGGAGAUCUGGAUGUCAUGUUCAACAAACCUCAACCAGAGACUCUCAAGGACGGCAAGUUCCGGGCUUUACGGCUGGAGUUUUCGCUCCCCUCCUCAACCUACGCAACAAUGGCUCUGCGAGACAUCCUCAAGAUAGACACUUCCUCCUCCUUCCAGACAUCGCUGAAUGUCACGACACCAACAGAUUGUGAACCAGUUAAAACUUCAGUCAGUUCCAGCUAGCACAGUGGAUGUGUGCCACCAACAGAUUGUGAACUGGUUAAAACCUCAGUCGACCCGUGAAGAUCCGGGGUAGAAUAGGUUUUCAGCAACCCAUGCUGGCGGUAAUAGGCGACUAUGCUUGUCGUAAGAGGCGACUAACGUGAUCGGGUGGUCAGGCUCGCUGGCUU